CUCAGAAUCCCCGAAUUCGUCUGUAGUUCGACUCCUACACUGCCGAUUUAUAUCUGCAGUCAGAUCCUGAUGCAUAUCUGUGCAUGCAAACGUGCAAACUACCUGAAACAAAGUCGCCCCACGGCGAAUAAACGACAGAUAAGUUCGAAAAAACACUGACGCGUUUGACAGGCGUGCUUCUCUCUACUUACUCAGUCCCGGAAGUCUCGUUAAGAUUUCUUAAUAAGAGGAUUUUACCUAUAUAUUAGGAAUGUACAUACUCAUAUAACUAAUUUCACAAAAUCAUGUCAAUAGUCAUCAAAACCAGCGGGAGCAUGCGGACAGGUAUCUAGUGUUGGCUUUAGUGAUGCUGAAAGGAAGGCUAUAGUAAAUAAACACAAUGAACUGAGACGAAAAGUUGCGUCGGGUCAGGAAAAGAGAGGAAACCCAGGUCCGCAACCUCCAGCGGUUAGAAUGCCAGAUUUGACCUGGGAUAACGAAUUAGAAGAGAUUGCGCAAAGAUGGGUCAUUCAAUGCAAUUUUGGUCAUGACCAAUGCAGAGAUGUGGGUAGAUUUGCAGUUGGUCAGAACGCAGCUAUAGGAUACUCUUCGGGAGAAAACAGAUUCACUGUAGAAAGCUUUAUCCAAUCCUGGUACGAUGAAGUAGCUUUGUUCGAUAGAAAUCAAGUUUCCAGAUAUCAAUUUGAUCCGAAUACAGGCCACUAUACCCAAGUGGUCUGGGCUGACACAACAACAAUAGGCUGCGGACUAAUAAAUUAUAACUCAUACGGCUGGAAUACGAAAUACCUAGUUUGCAAUUAUGGUCCAAGUGGAAAUUGGAUCGGUCAGAAAAUAUAUGAAAUUAAAUAUUAAAUCCGAUCGAAAGAUUAAAGAUGUAAUAUAAAAAGUAAUGGCACGAAAAAAAAUGGAAAAGCAAAUAAGAGUUGCAAUAUGUCUUGUCAGCAGAAACAGACAGUUGCUACUGUUAUAAAUAUAAUGAUAUUAAUAGAAAGCAAAA